CUGAGAGGAACAUGAAUGAUUAUGAAUAUUCGAACCAGAUAUGCGAUAUAAUCUUUGUUUUUAUAUACAGGGAGAGCCAAGAAAAUACGGAAUUCCACUUUUCUAAAUGUUCAGUUGAUGGGCUGAAAAUCACUUGGAAUGAUUCUAUCGAUCAAGAUUUCGAAUACAAAGUUUCUCAUGGAAAAACAACUGAAAUGGUGGAGAUGUGUAUGCCAAAUAGACAAUUCAUAUAUCCAGGUACCAAAUGGUGUGGUCAGGGUAACAUUGCAGAUGAUUAUGAUGACUUAGGAGUGUACAGAGACACUGACAAGUGCUGUAGGGCUCAUGAUAAGUGCCCUGAUACGAUAGAAGCCUAUCAGACUGAACAUAAUCUCACCAACCCUGCAUUCUAUACAAGACUAAGCUGUGAAUGUGACAUGGAAUUUUAUCGCUGUUUGAAAUCAGUGAACGAUUUCUCAUCCAAUCAAAUGGGUACGAUUUAUUUUGUUGCUCUUGGAACCCAAUGUUUCAAAGAAGAUUAUCCUGUUACCGGUUGUACUGAGUAUACCUAUUUUCCGUUCAGAAAAUGCCUCCAAUAUACGUUUGAUGAGACACAAGAAAAACAUUAUCAAUGGUUCGACUUGCCCAAUUAUUGAAAUAGUUUAAUAAACAUACUUACUAUUCCUCAGGGGUGACUCUUUUUAUUUGCUUGAACUUCUUCAUUUCCACAAAAGAAAACAUGAACUUUACUUUGGAUAGUAGUAAGGGAAUGUAUAGCCUUGGAACACAAUUUUCUAUUAUGUUGGCCAAUAAGAGUCCAUACUUGAGAACCUCCAAU